AUGGCGCUGCUCGCACGCACAGCACGAAAUGCUCUGUUUGAGUCGAGAUCGAUAAUACGCCCAACCGUCCUCCGUGCAGGAAUAACGACCGUAUCGCACAAUCUCGACACAUCAAAUACCCCAGAGCCGCUCAUUCAAUCCGGCCACCGCAUAUCACAGGAAGCCAAGGAGCGCGCUCAAACACCACAGCCUUUGCCAGAACACACACCCAAGCCUGCAACCUCUAAUGGUAUCAAGGCAUCACCACAUGCCCGCUCAGACAUUGUCUCCCAGACCCUUACACCCUCCAUCCGAAACCUUCUUCCGCUCCUGCAAACGCAACCAGAACACUACAUAACCGCCCAUAUACAUGGAAGGCCGUAUCUUCUUACUCGUGGCGACACACUCCGUCUCCCCUUCCAAAUGCCACACGUGCGGCCCGGCGAUAUCCUACGUCUCAACCGCGCUACACACAUUGGAUCGCGAGACUACACAUUGAAGGCCCCGGAACCGGUCAAGGGAAACUCGGACCAUGGGAAAAAGGUGUUUUACUUGGAUGAGCGGUUAUUCACCUGCAGAGCGCGGGUCGUGGGUGUGGAGAGCGAGCCAUUGCGGGUUGAGGAGAAGACCAAAAGGCGGCGGAGGCACGUCAAACACGUCAAGAGCAAGCAUCACUACACAGUGCUGAAGAUUAGUGAUUUGGAAGUCAAGAGUCUGGAGGAGUAUGAGGCCGCGUUAGCGCACGAGAGUAGUGAGAAGAAGAGUGUACAAUAGUAGGUUGGGCCAUGCAUCGAAGAAUACGUUGCAAUAGCUGGUGACGGAUGUAUCAUAUCGGAUCUCAGACGAAUGCAC